CGUCAAAUCAGCAGGUUGCGGUCGGUCCGUUAGUGCGAGUGGGAGAGCGCGCGUGCUAAGGUGAAUUGUGAAUCCGUUGCAUUUCUCUUCCUCUUCCACUCUUCACACCUACGCAGAGGUGUGUGCGUGUGCGUGCCUGUCUGGCUGUGUGUGUGAAAUAAUGAAAUAACGAAAUAACAACAACAGCAACACAAAUCACAGUCAGCUGUGAAGUUUCUUUCAAUGUGUGAAAUCAUAUAUGCAAAUGGCAAAAAUAAGCAGAAAUUACAAAUUAAUAGUGUGAAAAAUUCAUACACAAAUUAAAGCAUGCUAAUCGAAAUAGCUCAAAAAGCAACUGAGUAAAAAUCAAAGCAUACAAAAAACAGCCGCUGGGUAUAAUUUUUUUGUGAAACUCGCCAACUGAACUGGAACUUGGGAAUUUUUGACAGCAGAAUCAAGGAGCAAAGCGGAGAGCGAAAGGCGGCUCUUGUGGUCACGCUCCCAGCAAAAAUCAGGAAGCGGGGAAGGAAACUCAUGCAAAGGCUCUUUCCAAGGAUUCAUUCGUUCUGAUAGUUAUAUUCGUUUACACAUAUCCAGGCGCUUCGGACCGAUUAACUGCAGAGACUGCUAGAAAACAUAGACGUAAUCUUCCAAGAAAACAACGCAUAUCAGAAGGAGGCAAAAACCAUAACAAACGAUUGCAAGGGAGAAAAACAUAUCCUGCAUCAUAAAUCAUUGCCAGGCUUUGAUUAAUGUUGCGUAUACGCAAUGUUGUCGGCCAACGACUUGUACUCUAACUAAGUGAAAGCUCAAAUCGCUCAAAAAGUAGAGAUAUUCGGAACCGGCUUCCAUUAGCACCUUCUGGGUUACAAUCAACAUCUCCAUCAGCAGCACCGGUUGAGACCACAAAUCCAGAAACCAAAGAUGGCCUUCAUCUGGCGGCGACGUUCUACGACGAUUGUGAAGCUGGUGGCCUUCGCCCUGGCCAUUUGGUUCUGCAUUGCCUUUCUGGUCUACACGGACGACACUCGGCGUAGAGCCGCCCAGGAGGGGGCUGGUGCCAGUGGAGGAGGCAGUGCUCCCGGAGUGGGCGGCGGAGCAGGAGGACUGGGUGAUCCCAUUGCCUUGGCUCUGAGAAACGAGCCUGCCGGCGAGGACUUUGGCAUCAAUGGGAAUGUCAUCGGCGGAGGAGGACAGAAGCAGGCGCACGAUGAGGCCGACAUCCCACCCACUGUGGGAAAACAUAAGGCCGACCUACAGGCGGAAAGGAUGCGGAAGAAGGCGGCCGAGCAGCCAAAGAAAAAGCCACAAGAAGAUAGCAAAAAAGUGAUUGAUCCGCCGGCGAACUUUGAGGAGAAUCCUGGCGAGCUGGGAAAACCCGUGCGUCUGCCCAAGGAAAUGUCCGACGAGAUGAAGAAGGCCGUUGACGAUGGCUGGACCAAAAACGCCUUCAAUCAAUAUGUUUCGGAUCUCAUAUCCGUUCAUCGAACUCUGCCCGAUCCUCGAGAUGCCUGGUGCAAGGACGAGGCGCGCUAUCUAACCGAUCUGCCAAAGACCGAUGUCAUCAUCUGCUUCCACAACGAAGCCUGGACUGUGCUGUUGCGAACAGUUCACUCAGUUCUGGACAGGUCGCCGGAACAUCUUAUAGGGAAGAUUAUCCUCGUCGAUGACUACAGCGAUAUGCCUCAUUUGAAGAGGCAGCUGGAGGAUUACUUUGCCGCCUAUCCCAAAGUCCAGAUAAUCCGUGGCCAAAAGCGAGAGGGUCUGAUCCGAGCCCGAAUUUUGGGUGCCAACCAUGCCAAGUCACCUGUUCUCACCUAUUUGGAUUCCCACUGCGAGUGCACCGAAGGAUGGCUUGAACCGCUUUUGGACCGAAUUGCACGUAAUUCCACCACGGUCGUGUGUCCCGUUAUUGAUGUCAUUAGCGACGAGACCCUGGAGUACCACUAUCGUGAUUCUGGCGGAGUUAAUGUCGGAGGAUUCGAUUGGAAUCUUCAGUUCAGCUGGCAUCCGGUUCCCGAACGUGAGAGGAAGCGCCACAAUAGCACCGCCGAACCCGUCUACUCACCCACAAUGGCCGGCGGACUUUUCUCCAUCGACAGGGAGUUCUUCGAUCGACUGGGCACCUAUGACUCUGGAUUUGAUAUUUGGGGCGGCGAGAAUCUGGAGCUAUCCUUCAAGACCUGGAUGUGUGGCGGCACCCUGGAGAUAGUGCCCUGCUCUCACGUGGGUCACAUAUUCCGGAAACGUUCGCCCUACAAGUGGCGUUCUGGCGUGAAUGUGCUGAAGAAGAACUCCGUGCGGUUGGCCGAGGUUUGGAUGGAUGAGUACUCGCAGUACUACUACCAUCGCAUCGGCAACGACAAGGGCGACUGGGGCGAUGUCAGCGAUCGCAGGAAGCUCCGUAACGAUCUCAAGUGCAAAAGCUUCAAGUGGUAUCUAGACAACAUUUACCCCGAGCUCUUCAUUCCCGGCGAUUCGGUGGCCCAUGGCGAGAUAAGAAACCUAGGUUAUGGCGGUCGCACCUGCUUGGACGCACCGGCUGGCAAGAAGCACCAGAAGAAGGCCGUGGGCACGUAUCCCUGCCAUCGGCAGGGUGGAAACCAGUACUGGAUGCUCAGCAAGGCGGGUGAAAUCCGUCGCGACGACUCCUGUCUCGAUUAUGCCGGCAAGGAUGUGACGCUGUUCGGCUGCCACGGUGGCAAAGGAAAUCAGUUCUGGACGUACCGCGAGAACACAAAGCAGCUGCAUCACGGCACCUCCGGCAAGUGUCUGGCCAUCAGCGAGAGCAAGGACAAGCUGCUGAUGGAGGAGUGCAGCGCGAGCCUGAGUCGCCAACAGUGGACCCUCGAGAACUACGACAGUUCGAAGUUGUGAGGCUACUUCUAUGCGAGGGGCAACCUCCUGUUGCCCACUUCGCGGCGACACCAACAACCACAUGCAUAGCAGCAGGACGAGAAGUGGAAGCAGAGGCAGGACAUGAAGUGGCGACAGGAGUUGGAGUAGUUAGAUUCCCCCGAGGCAUGUGCAAUAGUGGGAGUGACAGAGGGACGAUCGGAUGGCAGCAGCAGCAGCACCAGCAUCACUUGCCAUGCUAUCUAUAUAUAUUAUAAAAAAUUUAUAUGUUUCCAGACAACAGAGUAGACGUUACUUAGCCCUAAGUACCACACAUCCACAGACUAGACAAACAGACACUGAAAAAAGAACGACUGCUGUACAGUAGCUAUAAGUUGAUAAGAUUUCUAGCCCUAAGUCGCAGCACUUAGGAUUAGGUUAAUGGAGCCCGGCCAAGGACCAGUGCUGGCCAACAAAGCGAAGUCGUAGCGCAAUUAUUGCAUUUAAAUUUGUAAACAUUUAGCACAAUUUACGGAAAGUGUGAACCUUGACUCUGUGUCCGAAUUAUUUAUGAAUUUUACAAAUGUCAUCAAAUGGCUCUGCGAAAGCCUCAUUCCAAAUAUAUGUUUUAGCUGGUAAGCCCUAGGCUAAGUCUAAGUUGGAAAGCAUUUGGUGAUAGCCUUUGUUUCGCCCAAGAUCCCGAGCAUUCCCGUUUAUAUGAAUUCUUAUACCCAUCUUUCUGCAAAUCCCUUGAAAUGGCGAACCAAAUUUUUUUGAUUUUAUUUAUUUUCGUACGAUUUAGGUACAGUCUUGUGUUGCUUAUUUUUUAGAUGAGGAGCGUUGCCAAAUUACGUUUAGAUCUUUAGAUUUCGGGUAACUUUGUGUUCUCUUUGAAAAUCCAAAUCCGUUGCAUUUCCUAUUGAUGGAUUCUCAAAACAACAACAUAUCCUAUUUGUUGGACAAAGCCAGCUUGUAGUACUUACAUAUAUCAGUUUCCAAUCUACCGAUAUCACACGAGAUAAAUAUAUAUAUAGCGCUAGGCCCUAGUAGUUAGACCUUAAUGCAAAUGUGCAUAGUGCCUUCUAUUUAUAACGGACGCAUUCUUACACAUAUGCUAUUGUAACCGUUCAUCGAACUCUUGU